AUGCUCCGACGGGAGCGUCCGUGUCACUGUUGUUGUCAUUGUCACCUCUUUCCCGAGCCUUCUGCGCUCUCGAGCCCCCGGAUGGCAACGGUGAGGGAUGAGAAGGGGGAGGGGAGGAAGAGACUGGCUCUAACUCGCCCCUCCACCUCCGAGUGCGCUCGGUGUAGACAGAGAAAGAACUCGGUCUUCACUCCAGGGACCCAACUUUUCCUUUCGCCCAGCCCGGAGCCCUACUUACUCCGGCUCCCGAAGUUUCUCCCCCAGUCGAGGAAACCAGCCCUCGGUCUGCACCGACCCCAACCCCGGCCUCCGGGCGGGACUCCACGGCGACCUUCCCCAGCGCGCGGGUCCCCAGGCCAAGCUCUGCGCUACGGGCACUCCGGGCGGAGGGCAUGCGGCUCCGCGGCGCCCCGGCGAGCGGGGCGGGGCGAGCGGGGGCGGGGCCCGGAGGGGCCAAUCAGCGGGCGAGGCUGCGGCCGUGCCGCGAUUGGUCCGCCCCGCGGGCUCCAACCUGCUCUGCCCGCUCGGUCCUUUGAGCCACUGCAUCCCCUAGCGGCGCCCUGGUGGCUGCAGCCGCUGGACCGAAAACGCUGCCCGGGCGAGCAGGGGUCAAGCGGGAAAAGAAGACUCCAAAUCCACUCUCUCUUCGCCCCAGGGCAAUGCUGGGAGGAGAGGGAGUGGGUGCUCCCGCAGGCUAUCCCAGGGACGGGGCAGAGAGCUUAAUUGGGGGUUUUAUUUGAAUUGGAGACAUAGUUCCCUCUUCGAUCCUCUACCCCAUAAAAUUCCCUACAAAUGCAAAAAUUCGAGAUAGAAGAAGACGUCCCUGAAAGUAAGUUCUGAAGGAUUCCCUUCAUGCGGUGAAGGAAAACUAUCAAUAUGCAGCUUCAACUUGGCGUGUGGGGGUUGUCGUGUUUUAAAACACGAUCCCUGUAGAAAUAUUAGUAAAACAUAUUGGAAGCAGUAGUGGAAACGUGGGUCUUCCUGGUCUUGCGUUUGGAUCUUCUUUGGAGUCACCUUCUUAAAUGUGAUGUUUGUUUGAAAUCAGAGCUGAAUUUUCAUAUACAGGACAAAAAGAAAGAACCCCAAUUUUUUUAAAGACAGCUCUCCCCCCACGUUUCUACUGAGCCCACUUGGCCUCCCGUUAUUAGGAGGCCCAGUUAAGAGGCAUCGAUUUUCCUUUCGCUCUCUCACCACUCUCCUCUCCUGGGCGAGCCAAGCUGCCCACAUCUUCUGCUCACAGCGCUCUCUAAACCUUUUAAUUAUUUAGUUGCUGUCGAAUAUCCUCCGGAAACCUCUCCAUAAACAAGGAGAAACGAACGCACACACAUUUUUGCUUAGAAGCCCGGAAUUAAGAUUAAGCACCGAAGCCGAAAGAAAAAAUGAAAAAUGCUUCCCCGCGUGUUGGUCGGGCGAUGGAUGCGCCACGCAGCGUGAGCCCGGCUCACAGCCACGCGUAACACUAAGCGCAGCCCUGGGUCCCGCGCGCCUAAACCUCGGAUGCCCGAGAAAGAGCCGAAGAGAGCAGUCCCCGCGACAGAAACACUGCGGAUGCCAGGUCUUGAAAAUGCUAACUUCUGAGGCUAAGAACGAUUUUAAAGACAAAAAGAAAAGGCUGGUGAAGAGGCCUUCCGGUGCAGGGGCGCCUCUCCGCUGAUUUUGGAUGGGGAAGUAGGGAUUAUUCGUUUAAAUUCUAACGCCAGCACCGAGUCGGACGGGCCGGGGAUGGAGAAGGGCAACAUCCACCUUUAGAAAAAUAAAAGAUCUCCAAGGCC